AUUGCCCAAAAAAGCGAGAAAAGCCGACAAAACCCGUUCUCUCACUAGGGAAACCUUGUUUAUUGCCGCGGCCCUCAUACAGUGUUAGCGGCGCAGUUUUCCACCCAAAGAAGACGGAUCGGAUUUUCAGUACCAACUAGAAAGUCCAGUUCGACCGACCGAGAUGUCACAGGAGCAUGACAAUAAGCGUGCGGUCCUGGUUCUCCAGAACGAGCCGGGUUAUGGCGGGCAGCGUCGCUCCUUCACCACAGAAGAUGAAGCCUGGAAAUCCUUUCUGGAGAACCCGCUGACGGCCGCCACCAAGGCCAUGAUGAGCAUCAACGGAGACGAGGACAGCGCCGCAGCUCUGGGCCUGCUCUACGACUACUACAAGGUGCCCAGGGAGAAGAGAACAAUAACCCAGAACAAGCCAGAAGCACUGGUCUGUGAUGUGGAUCCUAACAAAAGACACCAGAUCCAGGCCGGACACUCCAUUGCGCCACAUCACGAAGGGGGGAUGGAGAACAGGAUCCAGGUCCUCAAGGGCCCCUUUAAUAUUCUCCAGCUGGCCCCGGACAAGAGAUCCCAGUUCCCCUCCCCAGACACAACCGUCACGGUUUCUGUCGCUGUGCCGAACUACCCGUCCGUCAAGACAGAGGUGCCCUCCCACGGCUUCUCAGUGACCGUGCCAAACAACUGUCCCGAAACCGACGUCUUUGACCGCCAGCUCAACCACAACACGGUACAGUUCAGCCCCAGCACCCAGUCCCGCACGCCCCCCGACUCCACCUACUCCGAGAGUUACAAGGAUGGUUCCCAGGAGGUGUUUUCUUUCCCAGGGGAUCUCCAGUUACGCAUGUCCUCCAUGGCGCCUGAGGACUACACUCAGUUUAACACUGUGCCGGGGAACAACUUCGAAUACACCCUUGAGGCGUCCAAGUCUCUGCGUCAGAAGACAGGAGACGGGACGAUGACGUACCUCAACAAGGGCCAGUUUUACCCCAUCACCCUCAGGGAGGUUAACAACAAAGGAAUGCGGCAACCCAUCACCAAAGUCAGGAGUGUAGUGAUGGUGGUGUUUGGAGAGGAGAAGUGCAGAGAUGAUCAGCUUAAGCACUGGAAGUACUGGCACUCCAGACAGCACACUGCCAAACAGAGGUGUCUAGACAUUGCUGACUACAAGGAGAGCUUCAACACCAUUGGCAACAUCGAGGAGAUUUCCUUCAAUGCCAUUUCCUUCACCUGGGACACCAACGAGGAGGCCAAAAUCUUCAUCUCCGUCAACUGUCUGAGCACCGACUUCUCCUCCCAGAAGGGCGUGAAGGGUCUUCCUCUGAACAUCCAGAUUGACACCUACAGCUACAACAACCGCAGCAACAAGCCCAUCCACCGCGCCUUCUGCCAGAUCAAAGUCUUCUGUGACAAGGGGGCCGAGAGGAAGAUCCGAGACGAGGAGAGGAAGCAGUCCCGCCGGAAAGGGAAGGUCCCAGAUCUCAACCCCAGCCUGGCCUUUGUGGAUGUUAAAGGUCCCAUCCUCCAGAAACGCAACGAUAUGACCAUCUUCAAGAUGCUGAACGACCACGAGACGCAGCCUGUCCUCUUCAUCCCUGACGUUCAUUUCUCCACCUUCCAGCGCCAUGUGAGUGCCAGUCACAUUACACAUUACUAACUCUAGCACAUCUCACCAGUCAUUUUUUACCAUCAAC